AUGAAAAGCAACUGGAAAAUUACAGCUUUCUGUUACCUGUGUAGUUUUCUGUGGUGUCUCAUCUCAGCUACCAUCCAGCAUCAAUCAAGGCUGCCAAUCAUUCUGGGUGCCAGUCACAGAAUUGAUAUCUGCCCAACAAUCAGGAUUGGCCAAGACGAUUUACCAGGCUUUGACCUGAUUUCUCAGUUCCAAAUAGAAAAAGCUGCUUCCCAAGGAAUUAUUCAGAGAGUAGUGGGUUCCACUUCUCUGCAGGUGGCUUAUAAACUGGGACCCAAUGUAGACUUCAAGAUCCCAACCAGUGCCAUUUAUUCCAAUGGACUGCCUGAUGAAUAUUCCUUCCUGACUACUUUUCGGAUGACUGGGGCCACACUUCAGAAGUACUGGACAAUCUGGCAGAUCCAGGACUCGUCAGGAAAAGAGCAAGUUGGAGUGAACCUAAACGGUCCAAUGAAAAGCGUUGAGUUCUCUUACAAAGGAGCGGACGGACGCCACCAAAUCGCAUCGUUUCUGCACUUGCCGUUCCUGUUUGACUCCCAGUGGCACAAGCUGAUGAUAAUUGUGGAAGCAAGCAGUGUCACACUUUUUAUUGACUGCAUCAAAAUAGAGUCCUUAAGCAUCAAACCAAAAGGCAAAAUCAGCACUGAUGGCUUUGCUCUGCUUGGAAAACUCAGAAACAAUCCUCAAAUUUCGGUGCCGUUCGAAAUCCAGUGGAUGGUGAUUCACUGCGACCCUCUCAGACCCCAGCGCGAAGGCUGCGGCGAGCUGCCGACCCGGAUAAGCCAGACAGAGAUCGAGAGAGGUCUCCCUGGUCCACCAGGCCCCCCAGGUCCACCAGGGCCACCAGGAGUUCCCGGUAUUGAUGGCAUUGAUGGGGAGAGAGGUCCAAGUGGCCCCCCUGGUCCACCAGGUCCUGAUGGGGAUGCAGGCAAACCAGGAUCCCCUGGCCUGCCUGGAGAGCCAGGAGCUGAUGGAUUUACAGGACCUGAUGGCUCACGUGGAGCCCCAGGACCCAAAGGACAGAAGGGUGAGCCAGGACUGCCAGGUGCUCGUGGGCUUCCGGGCAAAGGUCUUCUUGGACCACCUGGCCCAGCUGGUGCUGCAGGACUUCCUGGGGAAGUAGGUCGUGCUGGUCCACCUGGAGAUCCAGGAAGAAGAGGGCCACCAGGGCCACCAGGACCCCCAGGUCCUCGGGGAACAAUUGGCCUGCAGGAUGGUGACCCACUGUGUCCCAAUGCCUGUCCGCCUGGCCGCCCAGGACAUGCUGGCCUGAUGGGAAUGAAGGGACAGAAAGGUUCAAAAGGAGAGUCUGGUGAACCAGGAAAACAAGGUUAUAAGGGUGAAGAAGGAGACCAAGGACCCAGUGGUGAAGUGGGAGCUCAAGGGCCUCCAGGCAUCCUGGGUAUCAGAGGCAUAACUGGUAUGAUGGGACCUAAAGGUACCAAAGGAGCUCGUGGGCUUGAUGGAGAGCCUGGUCCCCAUGGUCUUCCUGGUGCACCUGGGGAUCAAGGACAGAGAGGUCCACUGGGAGAGGCAGGUCCUAAGGGAGAAAGGGGCCCUCAAGGUCCAAGAGGAAUAAAUGGUCUGCCUGGGCCUAAAGGAGAGUCUGGCUUACCAGGAGUGGAUGGCCGAGAAGGGAUCCCUGGAAUGCCUGGAGCAAAAGGUGAACCAGGACAACCUGGAGCUCCAGGUGAUGCAGGACUUCAGGGACUGCCAGGUUUACCAGGCUCUCCUGGUGUCAAAGGCAUUCCUGGCCCAAAGGGUAACAGAGGUCCUCCUGGGGUGCCAGGUUUGAUGGGAAAUUCUGGUAAACAGGGGGAGCGGGGGCCAGAGGGAGAAGCAGGUCCAACAGGACCCCGGGGACCACCUGGUAGCAGAGGAGAGCCAGGUCCUGCAGGUCCUCCAGGCAUCCCAGGCAAAUUGGGUCCCCAGGGUGAUAUUGGACUUCCAGGGCUGCCAGGUCCUCCAGGCCUGCCUGGUAGCAAGGGUGACCGGGGCUCAGUGGGUGAACCAGGACCUAAAGGUGAACAAGGUGCACCUGGAGCAGAAGGAGAUGGAGGAGAAAAGGGUGACUUAGGUGACAUGGGAUUGCCAGGAGCAAAGGGAUCUGUUGGUAAUCCUGGAGAUCCUGGUUCCCGUGGGCCGGAGGGAAGUCGGGGACUGCCUGGCAUGGAAGGACCACGAGGCUCCCCUGGACCACGAGGCUUGCAGGGGGAACAGGGUGCCCCAGGUCUGCCUGGCAGCCAAGGCCUAGCUGGAAAAGAACCUACUGAUCAGCACAUCAAGCAGGUUUGCAUGAGAGUCAUGCAAGAACAGCUAGCACAGCUGGCAGCCAGCCUUAGGAGGCCAGAAUUCGGUGCUCCAGGUCUUCCUGGCCGACCAGGGCCACCAGGUGCUCCAGGGCCUGCUGGUGAAAACGGCUUCCCAGGACAGCUGGGACCCCGGGGCUUGCCUGGCCUGAAAGGUCCUCCUGGUGACAUUGGGCGUAAAGGUCCUAAAGGUGAACCAGGAGAAAGAGGAGAAAGAGGAUUUCCAGGCAGAGGAAUGAAAGGUCACCCUGGACCAAGAGGUCUUCCAGGUGACCCAGGCAAGGCCAGCUAUGGCAGUGACGGCCGUGACGGGGCCCGAGGGCUGCCUGGGGUGGCCGGCCAGCCUGGAGUUCCUGGCCCUCCUGGCCCUCCCGGCCCUCCUGGCUACUGUGAGCCCUCAUCUUGCAGAGUGCAGGCUGGACAGAGAGCUGGUAAGAACAUGAAAGGGCCAUGA